AGGCAGAGGAAGAGGGAGACAGAUGGAGAGAGAGGUGGAGGGAGAUAGAGUGAGAGGUGACAUGGGGGGGCUGGCGGUGGCGGGAGCAGCUGAAGGGGGCUGCAGCGGCGGCGGUGAUAGAGGGAAGCAGCAGAGGAAUCCGGCGCCUUUCCUGUGGAAGACGUUCGACAUGGUGAGCAGCAGCGAGGAGGAAGGUGGAGGUGGAGGUGGAGGUGGAGGAGGAGGAGUCGGCGGCGGGGAAGAACGGCGGAUGGUGUCGUGGAACGAGGAGGGCAACGGCUUCGUGGUGUGGAUGCCGGAGGAGUUCUCGCAGCUCCUCCUCCCCAAGUACUUCAAGCACUCCAACUUCUCCUCCUUCAUCCGCCAACUCAAUACCUACGGAUUCAGAAAGAUUGCAUCGGAUAGAUGGGAGUUUGGUCAUGAGAAGUUCCAAAGAGGAAGACGGCAUCUGCUGGUGGAGAUUGACAGGAGGAAGUGCAUACCCAGCAUCUUCCCUGCUUUCCUGAAAGCAAGUACUGACAGAUCACCACCAACACCACCACCAGCAGUCUCAGACGAAGAAGCCCUCAUGAUAAUGGAGGAAAACAGAAACUUGAAGAAAGAGAACUCAGAGUUGCUAUCAGAAAUUUCUUACUUCAAAGACCUGGAAAAAAAACUUGUUGGCUGUCUUUUUGAGUUUGUCGAAGGCCCCCGCCCUUCGGCACUGGAACCUGCUGAGCACGAAGUUCGGAAAAUUCACAAUUUUAUAUCAUAAAACUAACAAGAGUAAGAAAUGUAGCUACGGAGAUAGAUUCCUACUCAUAUAAUGUUAAACAUGGUCCACGCACGAUUUUGAAACAAGCACCUUCAACAUUCGACGUGGGUAUUGGUGGAUGUAAGUUUUACAUCCUGGAUCCUGUCCAAUGCUUAAUUGUUAGAGGUCACUGCAGGCCUCGCGGCCGAACAGGUCCCGCAACUUUUUCAAUGAUUUGAA